AUGUUGCGCGCGAAACACAUGGGCUUCAAGAGCGUGCGGCGCGUCGAAGUGAAGGCCGAGACGACGACGCCCGGCGACGUCCGUCCGCUCGCCGACGCAACGGGCGCGCGCGCUCCUCGCGGCCGCCGCACGCUGCCGAAGCUCGAGUUUGUCGUGGACGAAGAGGGUGCAGUGCUCCACGGGCCGCAGCAGCGCGGGCCGUACCCGUUCCUGGCGCCGUCCAGCGCGCCGCUCCACGCGGUGAACUUGGAGACGCUCGACGCGGCGCUCGAGCGCGACUUGGCCGCGAGUUUCCAGGCGCUCCACAUGCGCGACUUUAUGUCGCUGGCUCGACGAGGAAGGGGCCGCAGGCGGUGGACGAGGGGGACGACGGACAGCAGGAGACGAGGGGGGACGAGCGAGGAGGGGGCUGCGGCUGCUCCUGCCCGUGCACCAAUGAAGGAGUGUGUGCUGAACGACACGCGUGCCACGACGUUGGCGCUCAAGUACGACAAUGCACUGGGCAAGUUUGUCUGUGGCUCGUCGAUUGAGCGCUUCUCGGGCCACACGGGCGUGUGUCGCGUGUUGGGGAGCAAAAAGUAUCCCGUGAUUCCUCACAGUUUACGACUGGGUGAUCUGCUCCGCAUCGGGUCGGUCGGUCUCGUAGUGUGCGAGUUGAAUCGCACGACGAGGGACGAGACGGAGGAGGCGCUGACGGUGGAACAGUAUGAAUUUUUGAAGGCGAAUUUCCUGAGUUUGCCCCUGCAGCAGACGUUCCACCCGACAGAGCAAUCGCCUACGAUGGAAGAAGGUGGCGAACUCGAUGACGACGAGAAAGACCAGGACGAUGCGAUGCGCGUGGGAGGAGACACGUCCGACGAAGGUGAAUCGGAAGAAGAUAAAGAGAAGAAAGCGCAGCGACGUCCGAGCGCUGAUGAAGAAGAGGACGACAAUGCACGACACAGUAACGUGCCUCUGGGUGUAGCUGGCAUUUCAGGCAAACGAUUUUGCUACAUUUGCUACGAUGGUGAAGAUGAUGUCGAGAAUAAUCCGCUCGUAGCUCCAUGUCACUGCAAGGGUGACACAAAAUACGUGCACUUGGACUGCUUGCAGCGCUGGAACAAUAACUUGGACGCAGAUGGAACGAAUCCGAACCAGAAGGUGUGCGCUGUCACCAAUACGGAUGGCCUCGACGUGUGCAGUAUUUGCAAAGCUACGUACUUGACGAGCGUGCGUCUCGAUGACGGCCGCGUGGUGUCGCUUCUUGUGAAGAAGCUGCCUCCACCAUACGUCACGUUUGCUGUUGUGACACAGCAUGAGACGCGGAACCGCUCAACCGCACUCACCAACACGCGUUUCCAGCUCAGCUUUGCAAACAUGCCACGAAACCAGCAAUACCUGACGAUUGGCCGCUCGACUACUAACAACAUGACCCUUCGCUACCGCACGGUGUCUCAGCUGCACGCCAAAAUGAAAUUUCAGGAUAAUCACUUCGUUCUGUUUGACGCGUCUAGCUCGAAUGGCACAAUGUUGUUUUUAAGCAAACCGCUGGAAUUGGAUUGGAACAAGGUGAUGCACGUGAAGAUCGGCCGUACCAUUCUGACACUCAAAGCCAAGAAGAAAUGGAAAUGGGCAGGGUCUGGGCCUGGAGAGGAUGAAGAGGACGAAGAUGGUGGACGCGUUGCGUCACCGCGCACAAGUGCAUUGAGUGGGACUCCGCGAGGAUCAGAGAGACGUCGCUUCAGCUCCGGCAUGGCAGCCAGAAGUGUUGGUUUUGAUUUGGGUGGCAGCAGUACGAUUGAUGACCCGAGUGCCGAGUUAGUGGCCGCACCGUAUUCGAGUCACUUACCGCGAACAUACACGGCGCCAAACGUGCUGAUUUCGCGUCUGAACCGUAGUACACAGCCUAGCGCGUCCAACUCUCGACCAUCACGACAGCGGUCGUUUUCCAGCAUUGCUCCAAUCACAGGCAGAGACAGUGCGUUUGACGUGUUCCACGCUGACGAGCUGGAGCGUGAUGAGCCUGGCACUUUUGUCACACAGGCUGCUCGAGAGUCAUUGAUACUUCCUGUGACAUCGGCUAGCUCGCGCGACUUUGCUGCUCCGAAUGCGUCGCUACCGUCGACGUCUCAGCUCGUGAGUGGAGGUGUUAUUGGCGCCAGCACCGAUUUGCCGAGUCGGGUGGGCCAAGGUAUGCCUGCUUCACGGCACGUCAUGUACGAUAUGGUGGACUCUCUGGCCGAGCAUGGAGCGAGUCUUGUCGUCGCGACGAUGAGUCCUGCUACGGGCUUGAUGGAUCAAGAGUGA